AUGGCACCCAAGAGAAAGAAGGCCGACGCUUUUGUAGCCGAACCCCCCGCGGCAAAAGUCAGACGUAGCUCCAGAAGAGUCAAUGGGCCUGCCGGACAGCAGCAACACGAUGGCUCUCGGCAAGGGGGAAAGACGGAGGAUGCCUUGGGUCCGGCAGGAAGUCCAAAUGGUUCACGGGAAGCGUUUGAGCGCACCAUGAGAGAACUCGGAGAGAUGGGCCUCAAGCUUCAAAGCGCAGUGAAAAUCCAGCGGCUGGCUGUGGAAACUUCCGAUUUGUCAAAGUGUGACCCCGAAAGGGUUCGAGAAGAGGCCUUCAAGCUCAGGCCAGCGUCAAUGAGACAGGCAAAAACUGAGCAGAAGGUUGAAGAAAAGACUCCGGAGACAUCCAAAGUUGAUACUGACGUGCAAUCGGCUGAUGCGGCUGAAGAAAAAGCAGACCCCGAGGCUGUUGAGAGGACUGCGAGGAGACCACCGCCUGUGAAUAGUGACGUGCUGCCACUGCCGUGGAAAGGCCGCUUAGGUUAUGCUUGCCUUAACACAUACCUCAGAAAUGCUAGCACUCCUGUCUUUUCGUCCCGGACUUGCCGUAUAUCCUCGAUUAUUGAUCAUAGGUAUCCCCUCCAAGAUCCAACAAAGCCUGAGCAUGCCACCAAAAACCGACCCGACAAAACACAGUCUCCGGAUGUCCAGCGCGGAUUGGACUUUGUCCGGGAGCUCGGUCUUGCAAACGCCAGAGAUAUUGUCAAGAUGCUGAGAUGGAACGAAAAGUAUGGCAUCAAAUUCAUGCGACUUAGUAGCGAAAUGUUCCCCUUUGCAAGCCACGAAGAAUACGGUUAUAAGCUCGCCCCAUUCGCCGCCGAUGUGUUGGCAGAGGCUGGCAGGGUAGCUGCUGAGCUAGGUCAUCGCCUCACCACUCACCCGGGCCAGUACACGCAAAUUGCCAGUCCGAGGAAAGACGUCGUCACUGCUGCUUUCAGGGAUCUCGAGUAUCACGAUGAGAUGCUAUCGCUGUUGAAGCUCCCCGAGCAGCUUGACCGGGACGCCGUCAUGAUUCUGCACAUGGGCGGUACGUAUGGCGACAAGGCAGCGACCCUAGAUCGCUUUCGCCAAAACUACGCCAAGUUGCCAGAUGGAGUGAAGAAAAGGCUAGUCUUGGAGAAUGAUGAUGUCUCAUGGAGUGUCCAUGACCUGCUACCCAUCUGUGAGGAGCUCAACAUUCCUCUGGUGUUGGAUUAUCAUCACCACAACAUCAUUUUCGACCCCAGCCUUCGCGAGGGCACAUUGGACAUCAUGAGCCUUUAUGAUCGCAUCUCAAAAACCUGGACUAGAAAAAACAUCAAGCAGAAGAUGCAUUACAGCGAGCCAACCGCAGAGGCUGUUACGCCACGGGAUCGGCGUAAGCAUUCAGCGCGCGUUAAGACGCUUCCGCCUUGUGCAACAGACAUGGACUUGAUGAUUGAGGCGAAAGACAAGGAGCAGGCGGUAUUCGAACUCAUGAGGACAUACAAACUCCCAGGAUGGAACCGAUUUAACGACGUCGUUCCCUAUGAGCGCGACGAUGAGCCUAAGAAAGAAACGAAAAGAACCAAGAAGGAGAAGCAGAACGACACGACUGGCGAGACUGAAGAAGGAGAUUCUACAAAUACCAUCAGCCCAGAAGAGUAUGGAAUGGGAGGACAGCAGAACCGGGUAUAUUGGCCACCAGGCAUGGAGGAAUGGCUGCGACCCAAGAAAAGAGAGACCAACAAGAAGACCAAAGCUGAAGAUGAAGCGUGA